AGAUUAGCAUAUCAAAAGAAGAAUCAUUCUUCUUAUAUCAUUAGACGUAGUCUCCAAAUGUUUGAAAAAAUGACUAAUCUUACUCUCAAUGGUGUCAUUAAAAAAUUGGACUUAAAAAACUUCUUCGAAGUUUCUAUUGAUAAAGAGCAAAUUCGAGUCUCUUGUAAUGAUCCCAAAAUCGAUCAACUUAUAGACUCUAAUACAACUGUUAAAGAUGUUUUGGGAGACUCUGAAGUUGGUUCAUCAUACCUGGUUAAAGAGCGGUUUAAUAAUAUAAAUCCAUUUGAAAUUCAAGUUGUACCAAAUCACUGCUUCUUGUGCUGUCAAGACUUUAAGGAUGAUAAUGAUCUUUUUGAACAUGUGGGUUUAGAUCAAAUGCACAAAAGAAGGGAAUUUUGUGUAUCUGCAGAAUAUAUUAAGGACUCUAGAGAGCAGUCUGUAUCAAAAUUUACUUCUUCAACAAAGGAAGAAAAACUUGAUGAGGAAUUUGAUAUAAUCGAGAAGGAUAAAUUUACUGAAAUCAAUUCUAUGUCUACUGAACGCACUAGGAGACCUACUAGGCUUGUAUAUAUUUUCAUUGACAAUUUCAAUGUUUUCAUUGAGGCAAGAUAUACUGUUGGAGAGCUUGAGAAUUAUUUUGAUCACAGAAGAAAUUCAUCCUACUUUAAAAAUCUUCAUAUUGACUAUGGAUGCCUUCUUAUGACUGUACAGGAUGAACGUAAACUAGGUGCAUCUCCCGUUAUUGUUAGCUCACGGCCACCUCCCAAUGAUUCACUAUGGAAUAGUAUUCGGAAGGUGAGAUAUGAUGUAACUGUGCAUGAUCGGAACUUUGAUAAUAUUGAGAAGAAAGUUGAUAAUGAAAUUUCGGUUGCCAUGAUGAAUACCAUUAGAUAUUAUGAUCCCAGUGUAAUAGUGCUUAUUAGUGGUGAUGGUGACUUUGAACCUACAAUAAGACAAAUCUUGAAGGAUAGGUGGAAGAUCGAGACAUGGUUCUGGACAUCUAGUAUAUCUGAUGACCUUAAAUCAAACACAAUUUACAGACCUCUGGACAAUUUAUAUAAAUCUUUUACAUAUGGCUACGGACAUGACUUUACUAGGAAAAAGUAUGGGCUUAAGGUUACUGAUGGUAAUAUGAGCUGGGGGACUGAAGAGAUAAUGGGUUGUUAUAUGGCUUUAGACAUAUUCUGUUGGUACAACCGUUUAGAUAGGAACACUUUGUGCUUAUAUUUUAAUGAUUUGAAGCAAUUGGAAAAAGCAAAGCAUUGGAUGAAAACUAAUCAUCCUGAGGUACAGGUUUUGGAGGAAGAUGAGAAUUAA